GAUAGCGGCGUGGCGAUGGAGCACAGAUUCAGGACCUACUCCUCUGACAGUACGGGCAGCGACGGGGUCUUCCUGGAGGACUCCUACUACCAGGGCAUCCUCAAGGCUAUGGAUUACAAAAAAGAUGAACGGGAUCGAGUUCAGAAGAAGACCUUCACAAAAUGGGUCAAUAAACAUUUGAUAAAGGCCCAGCGACACAUCACCGACCUGUACGAGGACCUCCGAGAUGGACACAACCUCAUCUCCCUGCUGGAGGUGCUCUCUGGAGAGACACUGCCGCGGGAGAAGGGCCGAAUGCGCUUCCACAAGCUGCAGAACGUGCAGAUCGCCCUGGACUUUCUUAAACACAGACAGGUCAAGCUGGUCAACAUCAGAAAUGAUGACAUUGCAGAUGGGAACCCCAAGCUGACCCUGGGCCUGAUAUGGACCAUCAUCCUUCACUUCCAGAUCUCGGACAUCCAGGUGAACGGUCAGUCGGACGACAUGACGGCCAAAGAGAAGCUGCUGCUGUGGUCUCAGAGGAUGGUGGAGGGAUACCAGGGCCUGCGCUGCGACAACUUCACCACCGGCUGGAGGGACGGCAAGCUCUUCAACGCCAUCAUCCACAAGCACAGGCCGUCUCUGGUCGACAUGAGUCAGGUGUACCGGCAGAGCAACCAGGAGAAUCUGGAGCAGGCCUUCAGCGUGGCAGAGCGAGAGCUGGGGGUCACCAGGCUGCUGGACCCCGAAGAUGUGGAUGUUCCCCAUCCAGAUGAGAAAUCCAUCAUCACAUACGUCUCCUCUCUGUACGACGCCAUGCCCCGCGUCCCCGACGCCCAGGACGGCGUCACGGCCAACGAGCUGGAGCUGCGCUGGCAGGAGUACUACGAGCUGGUCACCAUGCUACUGCAGUGGAUCCGACACCACAUCCUCGUCUUCGAGGAGAGAAAGUUCCCCAGCAGCUACGAGGAGAUCGAGGUUCUGUGGCGUCAGUUCCUGAAGUUCAAGGAAACCGAGCUCCCAGCGAAAGAGGCGGACAAGAACCGCUCCAAACACAUCUUCAAGUCAUUUGAGGGCGCCGUCCAGGCUGGUCAAGUGAAAGUGCCGCCCGGCUACCAUCCCUUUGACGUGGAGAAGGAGUGGGGCCGCCUGCACGUCGCCAUCCUGGAGCGAGAGCGCCUCCUCCGGACUGAGUUCGAGAGGAUGGAGCGGCUUCAGAGGGUCGUGGGUAAGGUCCAGAUGGAGUCGGGGGUGUGUGAGGAGCAGCUCAACCAGGUGGAGACUCUGCUGCAGACGGACAUGAGGCUGAUGAGCUCCGGUAAACCCGCUCAGCACGCGGCGGAGGUGGAGGCAGACCUGGAGAAAGCAGAAGGAAUGAUCCGCUUUCUCUUCAACGACGUUCAGCUGCUCAAAGAUGGACGCCACCUCCAAGCCGAGCAGAUGUAUCGCAGAGUGUACCGUCUCCACGAGAGGCUGGUGAACCUCCGCAGCGAGUACAACCUGCGCCUCAAGUCCGGCGUGACCACCGCCCAGAUCCCCAUGACCCAGGUCCACACCGCCCAGGUCCUGCAGCAGGCACCCCUGAGGGUGAAGCCCGAGCUGGACGAGGUCACCCUGCGCUACAUCCGAGAGCUGCUGGGCUGGGUGGAGGAGAACCAGCGGCGGGUGGACGACGGCGAGUGGGGCUCCGACCUGCCCACGGUGGAGUCCCAGCUGGGCAGCCACCGCGGCCUGCACCAGUCCGUGGAGGAGUUCCGCUCCAAGGUGGAGAGGGCCAAGGCGGACGAGAGUCAGAUUUCACCUUCUAGUAAAGCUGCAUAUCGCGAAUAUCUGGGAAAACUGGAGCUGCAGUACAGCAAACUACUGAACGCCUCUAAGGCCCGUCUGCGGUACCUGGACCAGCUUCACGCCUUCGUCGUCGCAGCGACCAAAGAGCUGAUGUGGCUGAACGAGAAGGAGGAGGAGGAGGUCAACUACGACUGGAGCGAAAGAAACACCCUCAUGGCCGCCAAGAAAGAAAACUACUCGGGUCUGAUGAGAGAGCUGGAGCUCAGAGAGAAGAAAGUCAACACUGUUCAGGCCACGGGAGACAAGCUGCUGCGAGACGGACACCCGGCCAAGAAGACGAUCGAGGCCUUCACCGCCGCCCUGCAGACUCAGUGGAGCUGGAUCCUGCAGCUGUGCUGCUGCAUUGAAACCCACCUGAAAGAAAACACAGCCUACUUCCAGUUCUUCUCUGACGUGAAGGAGGCCGAGGAUAAGAUUAAUAAACUCCAAGACACAAUGAAGAGGAAGUACACAUGCGACCGCUCCAUCACCGUCACACGGCUGGAAGAUCUCCUGCAAGACGCUGCUGAUGAGAAAGAGCAGCUGAAUGAGUUCAAGACUCACCUGGAAGGCCUGAAGCGGAGAGCCAAGACCAUCAUCCAGCUGAAGCCACGCAACCCUGCAAGCCCGAUUAAAGGAAAACAGCCCAUUCAGGCUGUUUGUGACUUCAAACAGAUGGAGAUCACCGUCCACAGAGGAGAUGAGUGCGCUCUGCUCAACAACUCGCAGCCCUACAAGUGGAAGGUGCUGAACGACAAAGGCAACGAGUCGCUGGUGCCGUCCAUCUGCUUCCUGGUUCCUCCCACCAACAAGGACGCUGUCAACAGUGUGGCCGGACUGGAUGGAAACCUCCAGAGGCUGCAGACCAUGUGGCAGACCAUGUUUGUGGACAUGAAGAGCCUGCUGUCCUGGCAGUACCUGAUGAGAGACAUCCACAUCAUCAAAACCUGGAACGUCACAAUGUUUAAGACUCUGAGGGUGGAGGAGUACCGCCUGGCGCUCAGGAACCUGGAGACGCACUACCAGGACUUCCUGAGAGACAGCCAGGACUCGCAGAUGUUCGCGGCUGAGGACCGCAUGCAGGUGGAGUCCAACUACAACAAGGCCAACCAGCACUACAACACUAUGGUCAGCUCUGCAGAGCAAGGAGAGCAAGACGAGACCGUGUGCAAGACGUACCUGACCAAGAUCAAGGACCUGCGUCUGAAGCUGGAGGGCUGCGAGAAUCGAACCGUGACGCGUCUCCGCCAGCCCGUGGACAGGGAGCCGCUGAAGGCCUGCGCCAUGAAGACCGCUGAGCAGAUGAAAGUCCAGUCGGAGUUGGAGGGCUUGAAGAAAGACUUGAACUCGAUCAGUGAGAAGACGGAGGAGGUUCUGGCUUCUCCUCAGCAGUCCACCUCUGCCCCGGUGCUGCGCUCCGAGCUGGACAUCACCCAGAAGAAGAUGGACCACGUUUACGGCCUGUCCUCCGUCUACCUGGACAAGCUGAAGACCAUCGACGUGGUGAUCAGAAACACGAAAGACGCUGAAGACACAGUGAAGAACUACGAGACUCGUCUGCGGGACGUCAGUAAAGUUCCAGCGGAAAAGAAGGAGCUGGAUGAGCAGCGGAGUCAGCUGAAGGCGAUGCGGGCCGAGGCCGAAGCCGACCAGGCGGUGUUCGACCGCCUCCAGGACGAGCUGAGGAAGGCCUCGACCGUCACCGACAAAAUGUCGAGGAUCCACAGCGAGCGCGACGCCGAGCUGGAGCACUACCGGCAGCUGGUCAACAGCCUCCUGGACCGCUGGCAGGCCGUGUUCGCUCAGAUGGACCUGAGGCAGCGGGAGCUCGACCUGCUGGGCCGCAACAUGAACUCCUACCGCCAGAGCUACGAGUGGCUGAUCCACUGGCUCACCGAGGCCCGGAGGAGGCAGGACAAGAUCCAGGCUGUGCCCAUCGGCGGCAGCAAGGCUCUCAAGGACCAGCUGGCAGAGGAGAAGAAACUGCUUGAUGAGAUUGAGGAAAACAAGGACAAGAUCGAGGACUGCCAGAAAAACGCAAAGGCUUACAUCGAUUCAGUCAAGGAUUAUGAGCUGCAGCUUUUGACAUACAAAGCUCUCCAGGAUCCCAUCGCAUCUCCAAUAAAAAAACCAAAGAUGGAGUGUGCAUCAGACGAUAUCAUCCAAGAGUAUGUGACCCUGCGAACGCGCUACAGUGAGCUGCUGACUCUCACCAGCCAGUACAUAAAAUUCAUCACCGACACACAGCGCCGCCUGGAGGACGAAGAGAAAGCUUCUGAAAAACUUAAAGAAGAGGAAAGGAAAAGACUGGCUGAGAUUCAGGCCGAGUUAGAUAAGCAGAAACAGCUGGCCGAGGCCCAAGCUCAGUCUGUGGCCAAAGCAGAGCAAGAGGCCCAGCAGCUAAAGCUGAAAAUGAUGGACGACGCCAACAAGAGGCAAGAUGUGGCGGUGGACGCAGAGAAGCAGAAGCAGAACAUACAGCAGGAGCUGCAGCAGGUGAAGAGUCUCUCAGAGCAGGAGAUCAAGUCCAAAACUCAGCAGCUGGAGGAGGCCGUGAUCAGUCGCAGACGGAUCGAAGAGGAGCUUCACAUAAUCAGGCUUCAGUUGGAGACGACGACGAAGCAGAAGGGCACAGCCGAGGGCGAGUUGCAGAUGCUGCGAGACAAGGCCAGUGAGGCUGAGAAGCUCCGGAAAGCCGCUCAGGAGGAGGCGGAGAGGCUCCGCAAGCAGGUGGCUGAGGAGACUCAGAAAAAGAAAAACGCUGAAGAUGAGCUGAAACGUAAAGCUGAAGCGGAAAAAGAGGCAGCCAAGCAAAAGCAGAAGGCUCUCGAUGAUCUGCAGAAGUUUAAAAUGCAAGCCGAGGAGGCGGAACGGCGCAUGAAACAAGCUGAGGAGGAAAAACUGCGGCAGAUCAAGGUGGUGGAGGAGGUGGCUCAGAAAAGCGCUGCCACUGAGCUCCAAUCCAAAGCCAUGUCCUUCAAUGAGAAAGCAACAAAGCUGGAGGAAUCCCUCAAGAGAGAGCAGGGCACUGUGCUCCAGCUGCAGGAGGAGGCUGAAAAACUCAGGAAACAACAAGAGGAGGCUGACAAAGCCAGAGAGGAAGCAGAAAGAGAGCUGGAAACAUGGAGACAAAAGGCCAACGAGGCGCUUCGCCUGAGGUUACAGGCGGAGGAAGAGGCUCAGAAGAAGAGUCAGGCUCAGGAUGAAGCAGAGAGGCAGAAGGUCGAAGCAGAGCGGGAUGCCAAGAAAAGGGCCAAAGCUGAGGAGGCCGCCCUUAAGCAGAAAGAGAACGCAGAGAAAGAGCUGGAAAAACAGAGGAAAUUUGCAGAACAGAUAGCACAGCAGAAACUGUCGGCGGAGCAAGAGUGCAUCCGUUUAAAGGCCGACUUCGACCACGCUGAGCAGCAGAGAGGCCUGUUGGACGAGGAACUCCAGCGCCUGAAAAAUGACGUGAACGCAGCAGAAAAACAAAGAAAGCAACUUGAAGAUGAGCUCGCCAAAGUUCGAAGUGAAAUGGAAGCUCUGCUGCAGAUGAAAGUUCAGGCCGAGAAGCUAACGCUGUCAAAUACAGAAAAGAGCAAACAGCUUCUGGAGUCUGAGGCUCUGAAGAUGAAGCAGCUCGCCGAAGAAGCCGCUCGGCUGAGAUCAGUCGCCGAAGAGGCAAAGAAACAGAGACAGAUGGCAGAGGAUGAGGCAGCCAAGCAAAGGGCAGAGGCCGAAAACAUCCUCAAGGAAAAACUGGCUGCCAUCAAUGAGGCGACACGCCUGAAGACUGAUGCAGAGAUUGCCCUGAAAGCUAAGGAAGCAGAGAAUGAGAGACUCAAGAGAAAAGCUGAGGAUGAAGCUUAUCAGAGGAAACUGCUGGAGGACCAAGCCGCACAGCACAAACAAGAGAUUCAAGAGAAAAUCACACAUCUGAAGAGCUCAUCAGACUCUGAGCUGACAAGACAAAAAACCCUUGUGGAAGAGACUUUGAAACAGAAGAAGGUGGUUGAAGAAGAGAUUCAUAUCAUCAGGAUCAACUUCGAGAAAGCAGGGAAAGAGAAAUCAGCUCUGGAGGCAGAAUUGAAGAAGCUUAAAAGCAUUGCAGACGAGACACAGAAAAGCAAGGUCAAAGCUGAAGAGGCUGAGAAACUCAAGAAACUUGCAGCAGAUGAAGAGAAGAAGAGGAAAGAAGCUGAGGAGAAAGUGAAGAGGAGUACUGCAGCGGAGGAGGAGGCGGCUCGGCAAUGCAAAGCUGCACAAGAGGAAGUUGAGCGACUCAAAAACAAAGCUUCGGAAGCAAAUAAACAGAAAGAACAGGCUGAAAAAGAUGCAGAGAAGCAGGUCAUUUUGGCCAAAGAGGCAGCGCAAAAAUGCAGCGCUGCCGAGAAGAAAGCUCAGGAUGUUCUCAGUAAGAACAAAGAAGGUAAUCUUGCUCAGGAAAAGCUAAAGGAGGAGUUUGAAAAUGCUAAGAAACUUGCCCAAGCUGCAGAGAAAGCCAAAGAGAAAGCAGAAAAAGAAGCUGCAGUGCUUCGUCAGAAAGCCGAGGAAGCUGAAAAACAGAAGAAAGCUGCAGAAGACGAAGCUGCUAAACAAGCCAAAGCUCAAAAGGAUGCCGAGAAACUGAAGAAGGAAGCAGAGGCCGAGGCCUCCAAGCGAGCUGCCGCUGAGGCAGCCGCUCUGAAGCAGAAGCAGCAGGCGGACGCAGAGAUGGCCAAACACAAGAAGCAGGCUGAACAAGCUCUCAGUCAGAAGUCUCAGGUAGAAAAGGAACUUACAGUGGUUAAGCUGCAGCUGGAUGAAACUGACAAGCAGAAGGCUGUGCUGGAUGAAGAGCUCCAGAGAGUUAAAGGUGAAGUAAAUGAUGCUGUCAAGCAGAAGGCGAAGGUUGAGGACGAACUUGCCAAAGUUAAGAAACAGAUGGAUGAGCUCCUGAAGCUGAAGCUCAAGAUUGAGGAAGAGAACAAGCGCCUCAUGAAAAAAGACAAAGACAGCACACAAAAACUACUUGCAGAAGAAGCAGAGAAAAUGAAGAGCCUGGCGGAGGAAGCUGCGAGACUCAGUGUGGAGGCCGAAGAAACGGCCAGACAGCGGCAGAUGGCUGAGGCCAAUCUGGCAGAACAGAGGACGCUUGCAGAGAAAAUGCUGAAGGAGAAGAUGCAGGCCAUCCAAGAGGCUACGAAACUAAAAGCAGAAGCAGAAGAGCUCCAGAAACAGAAGAACCAGGCACAAGAAAAGGCCAAAAAGCUUCAGGAGGACAAACAACAGAUCCAACAACGCCUUGACAAGGAGACACAGGACUUCCAGAAGUCACUGGAGGCGGAGAGAAAGAGGCAACUGGAAGUUUCAGCUGAAGCAGAAAAACUGAAAUUGAGAGUGAAAGAGCUCAGUGAUGCUCAAGCAAAGGCUGAAGAGGAGGCAAAGAAAUUCAAGAAACAAGCCGAUGAAGCAAAAACUCGCCUGCAAACAGCAGAAAAGCAAACAACAGAAGUUGUGGUGCAGAAGUUGGAGACACAGAGACUGCAGAGCACAAGAGAGGCAGACGACUUAAAGAAAGCCAUAUCUGACCUUGAGAAAGAGCGAGAGAAACUGAAAAAAGAGGCGGAGGAGCUUCAGAGAAAGUCCAAAGAGAUGGCAAACGCUCAACAAGAACAGAUCGAGCAGCAGAAGGCUAAACUUCAGCAGUCGUUCCUCACUGAGAAGGAGCUGUUGUUGAAAAGAGAAAAAGCUGUGGAAGAUGAGAAAAAGAAACUUGAGAAACAGUUUGAGGAUGAAGUGAACAAGGCCAAGUCUCUUAAAGAAGAACAAGAACGUCAGAGAAAGCUCAUGGAUGAGGAGAAGAAGAAGCUUCAGACAAUCAUGGAUGAAGCCGUGAAGAAACAAAAGGCGGCCGAAGCGGAAAUGAAAAACAAGCAGAACGAAAUGGAAGUGCUUGAAAAGAAAAGGCUUGAACAAGAAAAACUGUUGGAAGAGGAGAACAAAAAGCUAAGAGAAAAACUUCAGAAUCUACAGGGCGCUUCAAAGCAGGCUCCAUCCAAAACAAAGGAAAUUGAAGUUCAGACUGAUACGGUCCCUGAGGAGCAGCUGGUUUCCAUGACGACGGUGACAACAACAAAGAGAGUCUUCAAUGGCUCCGUGGAUGUAGAUGGAGUGAAAAAAGUUGGAGAAUCGCCUUUUGCAUUUGAUGGCAUAAGAGAGAAAGUUCCAGCCGAAAGACUUUUUGAUGCUGGUGUCCUGACCAAGAAGGACUUUGACAAACUGAAAAAGGGCAAAGUCUCUGUGGAAGACCUUGGAAAGACUGAUAAGAUUAAAGCUUUUCUUAAGGGGCAGAACUGUGUUGGAGGGGUACUAACUCCAGCCAAAGAGAAAAUGAGCAUCUAUCAGGCCAUGACAGAGAACAAGAUUACUCCCAGCACUGCUACAAUGCUCCUGGAAGCUCAGGCAGCUUCUGGCUACCUGGUUGAUCCAGUGAAAAAUAAACUUCUUUCAGUGGAUGAGGCCGUGAAGGAGGGGUUGAUCGGCCCUGAACUACAUGACAAGAUCCUGUCUGCAGAGCGAGCAGCUACUGGCUUUAAAGACCCCUACACUGGAGACAGAAUCUCUCUUUACGAGGCCAUGAAGAAGGGGCUCAUUGAGAAAGAACAGGGUACCAAAUUCCUGGAUGUGCAGCUUGCAACUGGUGGUAUCAUCGACCCCAUCAAUAGCCACAGACUCCCACUUCAGACAGCCUACAAGCAAGGUCAGUUUGAUGCAGACAUUAACAAAAAACUCACUGAGCCUAGUGAUGAAUGCAAAUUAUUUGUAGAACCAAGCACUCAGGAGCAAAUCACUUACAAACAGCUAUUGGACAAAUGCACCAAGGAUGCUGAGACUGGCCUGCUGAUAUUACCAGUGACAGAGAAUGCUGCUCAGGGUGAGAGAACAUACACAGAUCAGGAGACUAAACAAGCAUUGAGCGAAUCAAACAUUAAUGUGCCUUUUGGAAAGUUCAAAGGAAAAACUGUAACCAUUUGGGAGGUCAUAAACUCAGAGUAUUUCACUGAGGAGCAGAGACGAGAACUGAUUCGUCAGUACAAGACAGGCAAGAUUACAGUGGAAAAGAUCAUCAAAAUUGUCAUCACUGUUGUGGAAGAUCAGGAGAAGAACAAAGACAAUGUGUUCAAUGGUUUGAGAGCCCCAGUCUCUUCUAAUGAACUGCUUGAGUCAAAAGUUAUUAACAAAGACUUGUUCAACAAAUUAAGUAAUGGAAAGAUAACAGUGAAAGAGAUCUCUGAGAUGGAGACCGUUAAAAAAGCUUUGCAUGGAACUCCCAGUAUUGCUGGACUAUUGAAUGAACCAACCAAAGAGAAGAUGCCCUUUUAUCAAGCAAUGAAAAAGGAACUGAUCUCUCCAGAGACAGCUGUGAAUCUUCUUGAAGCUCAAGCAGCAACAGGGUUUGUAAUUGAUCCCGUGAAAAAUGAGAGGGUCCCCGUCGAUGAAGCUGUUAAGUCGGGUCUUGUUGGUCCAGAGUUGCAUGAACGACUUCUAUCAGCAGAGAGGGCAGUCAGUGGCUACAGAGAUCCUUAUUCAGGGAAAAAGGUUUCUGUAUUUGAAGCCAUGAACAAAGGGCUAAUCAAGAAAGACCACGGCACUCGUCUGCUCGAAGCACAACUUUCAACCGGUGGAAUUAUUGACCCAAUUAAAAGCUAUCGAAUCCCACAUGAAGUUGCCUUCAAGCGUGGAUAUUUUGAUGAGGAAACCAGCAAAGCCUUGAACAAAAACACAGAGGAAACCAAGGUAUUUUACGAUCCCAACUCACAGGAGGAUGUAACGUAUGCGCAGCUCAUGAAGAAGUGCAUCACUGACAAAGAGACUGGACUCCCGUUGCUUCCUCUUUCAAAGAAGGCCCCAAAACCAAAAGAAGACAAACAGAUUACAGAGGCAAAAACACAAGAGGCCUUUAGCCAAGCAACAAUGGAACUGGAAUAUGGACCUUUUAAGGGGAGAAAAGUCACCAUUUGGGAGAUCAUAAACUCAGUAUACAUCACGGAGGAACAAAGAAUACAACUGAUUCGCCAAUACAGAAUGGGACAAGUAACAAUUGAAAGGUUGAUAAAGAUUGUGAUCACAAUGGUUGAAGAAAAAGAGGACAAAACAAAGGAAGAAGCCUACUUUGAAGGUCUCAGGGCACCAGUCACUGCUAGCUCAUUGCUUGAUUCCAACAUUAUUGAAAAGGCUACAUUUGAACAACUUCAGCAGGGUAAAAAGACCCCGAAAGAAGUCAGUGAAACUGAUAAAGUCAGGAAGUAUCUGCAGGGCACAGACCGCAUCGAUGGUAUCACUAUGAAAGAUACAAAUGAAAAGUUAAGUAUAUAUCAAGCAGUGAAAAGGAAUAUUUUACAACCAAGCACGGGGCUUGCACUGCUUGAGGCUCAAGCUGGAACUGGUUUCAUAACGGAUCCUGUCAAAAACCUGAAAUAUUCUGUCGAUGAUGCUGUCAAGGUUGGAGUUGUUGGCCCAGAGCUCCAUGAGAAACUCCUCUCAGCUGAAAAAGCAGUCACAGGAUACAAAGACCCAUAUACAGGCAACACGAUUUCUCUAUUCCAAGCCAUGAAGAAAGAACUUGUUUUAAGAGAGCAAGCAAUUCCUCUUCUGGAAGCUCAGUUUGCAACUGGAGGAAUAAUUGAUCCAACUGGUAGCCAUCGUGUUCCUAAUGAAGUCGCUAUUCAGCGUGGCUAUUGCAGCAAACAGAUGUGUAAAUCUUUCAGUGAACCCUCAGGGGAUGUGAAAGGAUUCACUAAUCCAAGCACUAAUGAAAGUGUUACUUACCAACAGUUACUGGAGAGCUGCACAAGAGAUCCCAACACUGGCCUGUGCUACCUGCCUCUGUCUAAGGUUGAAGCUCCUGCUCCUGUGGAGAAAUCUUAUCAGUACUCGGAGGAGCAAGCACAAACAGAUCUAGCAAAUACUCAAAUAGACAUCCCACAUAAGAGCUUUGCUGGAAAGAGCAUGACUAUUUGGGAAGUCAUGAACUCAAAUAUGCUUCCAGAGGAGGAGAGACGCCGCCUCAUGGAGCAGUAUCGCCUGGGACAAAUUACAAAAGAAAGAAUGCUCAUUAUCAUUAUUGAAAUCAUUGAGCAAAGGGAGACACUACAACCAGAACAAAGCAUGUCUUGUGAUGUUAUCAGAAGAAGAGUCACCAUUGAGGAGCUGUACAGUGCUCGAAUUAUUGACUUGCAGACAUACAACCUUCUGAAACAAGAAAAAAUGACCAUUCGUGAAGUAAUGGAAAUGCCAUCAGUUAAGCAGCACCUCUUUGGGACAGGCUGCAUAGCUGGUAUUAUGUCAGAUAGUCCACCAAAGAUCAGCAUUUACCAGGCUAUGAAGACUGGAAAGAUAUCCCCAGAAGUUGCUUUGAAUCUCCUUGAAGCUCAGGCAGCAACAGGAUUCAUGAUUGAUCCAGUUAAAGAUGAACUUUUAACAGUGGAUGAAGCUGUCCGCAAGGGGCUUGUAGGCCCUGAGCUUCAUGACAAGCUUUUGUCCGCUGAGAGAGCUGUAACAGGUUACAAGGAUCCAUACAGUGGAAAGGUCAUUUCUCUCUUCCAGGCUAUGAAAAAAGAGCUCAUACCAGAGGACUAUGCACUGAGGCUUUUGGAGGCCCAGAAUGCCACAGGAGGACUGAUGGAUCCUGAGUACUAUUUCCAUCUCCCCACAGAUGUUGCCAUGCAACGUGGGUACAUCAAUAAAGAGACACUCGACAGGAUAUCUGAACCUACUGCAGAUGUGAAAGGAUACACUGAUCCCACAACAGAUGAAAAACAAUCCUAUGCCCAGCUGCUGAAAAGAUGCAGAGUAGAUAAACAGAGUGGGCUGAGACUACUUUCACUGGCAGACAAAAGGCUUCUCUUCAAGGGUCUCCGAAAGCAGAUAACUGUGGACGAACUGCUUCGGUCACAGAUUAUAGAUCAGCAAACAUACAACCAACUCACUGGAGGGGCCAUUUCCGUGGAGGAAGUCAGCAGAGACUUGAAGAAAUACCUUGAGGGGACCAGCUGUAUUGCUGGGGUGUAUGUCGAAUCCAGCAAAGACCGUCUGUCAAUCUACCAAGCAAUGAAGAAGAACAUGAUUCGACCAGGGACUGCUUUUGAGCUCCUUGAGGCUCAGGCUGCCACAGGUUAUGUGAUUGAUCCCAUCAAAAACCUCAAGCUAAAUGUCACUGAAGCUGUUAAAAUGGGCGUAGUUGGUCCAGAGUUCAAAGAUAAACUCCUCUCAGCUGAACGAGCCGUCACAGGCUACAAGGACCCUUACUCAGGCAAAGUCAUCUCACUCUUCCAGGCAAUGAAAAAGGGUCUCAUCCUGAAAGAUCAUGGCAUCCGUCUGCUCGAGGCUCAAAUUGCUACAGGUGGAAUUAUUGACCCAGAGGAAAGCCAUCGUCUGCCAGUUGACACAGCCUAUGAGCGUGGUCUCUUUGAUGAAGAAAUGAAUGAAAUUCUCACUGACCCCUCGGAUGACACAAAAGGUUUCUUUGACCCAAACACUGAGGAAAAUCUCACCUACCUGCAGCUCAUGGAAAGAUGUAUGACAGACCCAGAGACGGGAUUUGCACUUCUGUUGCUGAAGGAAAAGAAGCGAGAGAGGAAGACAUCAUCCAAGUCCUCAGUUCGCAAACGAAGGGUGGUCAUCGUGGACCCAGAGUCAGGAAAAGAGAUGUCUGUUUAUGAAGCAUAUCAGAAAGGACUAAUUGACCACCAAACCUACCUUGAGCUUGCAGAACAGGAGUGUGAGUGGGAGGAAAUAACUAUUACCUCUUCUGAUGGAGUUGUGAAAUCCAUGAUCAUUGACAGGAGGUCUGGAAGGCAGUAUGACAUCGAUGAUGCCAUUUCAAGGGGCCUGAUUGACAAGUCAGCACUGGAUCAAUACCGAGCAGGAACCCUGUCCAUCACAGAAUUUGCAGACAUGCUGUCUGGAAACAUGAGUGGUGUUAGAUCACGAUCUUCUUCAUUUGGCUCCUCUUCCUCAUACAACAUGAGCCCAAUACCCUCUAUAAAAACACCAGCAACCACAUGGAAUGACCCAACUGAAGAGACUGGUCCGGUGGCUGGAAUCUUGGACACAGAUACAUUGGAGAAAGUCUCUGUCACAGAGGCUAUUCAUAGAAAUCUUGUGGACAACAUAACUGGUCAGAGGCUGCUGGAAGCUCAAGCCUGCACAGGAGGCAUCAUUGACCCCAACACUGGUGAGAAAUUUACUGUUACAGAUGCAAUGAACAAGGGGCUUGUGGAUAAAAUCAUGGUUGAUCGCAUCACUUUAGCCCAGAAGGCAUACAAUGGAUUUGAAGAUCCCAGAACUAAAACCAAAAUGUCAGCAGCACAAGCUCUUAAGAAGGGCUGGUUGUAUUAUGAAGCGGGACAGCGAUUCCUUGAAGUCCAGUAUCUCACUGGUGGGUUACUGGAACCAGAUGUGACGGGGAGAGUCUCUAUUGAUGAGGCAGUGAAGAAGGGCACCUUAGAUGCACGCACUGCGCAAAAGUUACGAGAUGUUAGUGCAUAUUCAAAAUACCUCACAUGCCCCAAAACCAAGCUGAAGAUCUCCUACAAGGACGCUAUGGAAAGAAGCAUGAUUGAGGAGGGAACUGGUCUGCGACUACUUGAAGCCUCAUCUCAGUCAAGCAAAGGCCUUUACAGUCCCUACAGCAUCAGCGGGUCUGGCUCUGCUAGUGGAUCACGGUCUGGCUCAAGAACCGGUUCCAGGUCAGGCUCCAGAAGAGGAAGCUUUGAUGCCACUGGAUCGAGUUUCACAACAACAUUCUCGUCUUCCUCCUACGGUUCACCAAGCUACAGCCGCAGAUACUGAAGUGAAAGUUAUGGAAUGAAUUUCUGACACACAAAGGCUAUAAAACCACAAUACUCACCAGAUGCCUAAUUCUCAGUGGAAUACAGACUACCUUUAUUCUGCUCUGCAUGGGGUUGUUACAGGAAUAUUAAUAUUUAAUUUUCUAAAAGGUUGAAUUAUUUUGUUUAUUGUACAUUUCCACAUUUACUUAUAGUUAUGUGUAUGCUGUCUCAUCCGACAUAUCUCUCACAAAUGUUUCAAGUGUACUUGAUAUUUUGGGGUGAAUAAUCUGAGUUUAAUAUAAACAUACUGUGAGACAGAGUCUAAAUACUCUGUACUACACAAUAACUGAAAAAAAUCUUCUCAGCCCCACUGUUAAAGAGAACCAAAUUAGAUGUACAAAGUUUAGUUUAAAUACAUGUGUAUAUUUUUGAAAACCAUCAGCUAAAGAAAGAUUAAAGCCUCUCUGCAGAGCAGAAUAUGGAGUAUCCCUAAGAUGACCACUUAAAUACUUAAAGGAUGCCAAGCUUCAAGAUCUUUCCUUGCCUGGGCUACACUGCCUCAUAUACUCUGCCUAUACCCGAACUCUGCUCCAUCUUCUGUGGUCCAGCAAAAAACCUGGAGCUCCAGCAGUAUGCUAACCUUCUGAAAUGGACACGAAUGCUUCCUCAAAGAACAAACAGAUACAGCUAAAUGCGACUGACCAACAACACCGUCUGACAGUUCUGGACUUCACACAUCCACCUCCAACGCCAACACAUGCAAGUCCCGGCGUUUUUGGAUACUUUUUAAAGAAAUCACCUUUACAGUUCCACAUCCCCUCCUCUUUGUUCAGAUGUCUUCCAGAGACUCUGCAGUAAUUUAGACUGCGAUCUUCACUGUAAUGAAUGACUUUAUGCAACCUCACGGCGACACACUCCUGCAUUCAAUGUUUUAUCGAAUUCCUUCUAUAAAUCCAACAUUCUGAGACUUGUAUCCAGCCCAAAAGUCAUUUGAAGGCCAGAACCAUGCUUUUUAAGUGCCUGCAAAAUACUGUGUAACACUUUACCUGGGAUGUUGCGCAUUAUGAGAGGGUACAGUGUCUUACUGUAAAGUGAAUGAUGCAUGACUGAAGAAGCAACGCUACCCGUAAUGUAACAAUUACUGUGUUAUCACGUGAGCCUUUUUACAGUCCGACUACAGUUUGUCACCAUCUGUCUUUAACAUAGGAAUUCUGAAAUAUUGUAGUCACACAGGGCUAAAAAAAAACAAUUUAUUUUAAUAUUCCUUAGCUGAAAUUUACAUUAUACAAAUGUUUUUUUGGUUCACACACAAGUAAUGUAUGUACUGUAUAUUAAUUAUAUAAAGCUAUUGCUGAAAGCCAUGAAUUAACUGAGAAAGAUCUUAAAGCUUUGCACCAGACACAGUAUUUGUAUUUUACACUACAUAUAUUUGUUCUGAUUUCAUUUAUCCUUUGUAAAGCAACACAUUUGAUCAAUAUCAUUUUAUUUUCUUAUUCUAUAUCUCUGCUUUGCAUGAUUUACUAACAUUUAAAAGUUGCAAAAAUUAUAUAGUUGUAUCCAUUAAAGCAUUUUUUUUUCUCUUUUUAUGUUUUGAAAGGUUUGAAGGAUGUAUUUUAGUGAGGGUUAUCAAGCCUUGUUUAAAAUGGUGUAUUUAUAAUAAAAUGGUGACAAGGAAUUUUAUUGUAACACCUUAUACUGUGUAAAUAAACAUGGAAAUGAAAUA